AUGUCUCCUAGAACGAUAUACUUGAUAAGCUCCCGAAAUACCGAAGCGCAGCGGUCGCACUUUGCAAUAUUUGUUCCUGCUGCUGAGCAGCCCGACCGAGGAUCGUUAAUACAAGCCGUCGGAGCACCUAUGACAGGCUAUAUCCUAGAGUUAAAGCGCAACUAUUCACCAAAGGAUGAUUCUACGGAGAAGUACACGAUGAUUGAGAUUGGCCAUGUCGACUCUAUAAACAUAGUCGAUUCUUCCUCGAAAGUGAAAGAGAGCGACGGGGUUCCGCAAGGAAAUAUCGAGACUGUAGCGUCUCAGAUACCUACACCCGGGAUCAGCGAUAACUUUCUAGCACCAGUCAACGAUAUGACCAAUAAGCGAUGCCAGGAAUGGACGAUGGAGUAUAUUCGGCAUCUUGUCGGUAAACGCCUUAUCGAGCCCGAAGCUAUCCAGAUAGUUCAGUCCUGGCGGGACCCUCCAACCCACGCUAUCGGGUUCCAGCCCACUGUUCGACGUUGA